UAUGAACUUUGACGUUUACCGAUACUGCUGCAACCAGUACGUAACUGACCGAUCGUAACACAUCAGAAAAGAAACUUCACUCGUGUUAAACUUUCUUUUUAAAAAUUGUGGAUUUUAUUGCAUUUCCUUCAUAGCUGUUAGCAGGUUUUACUGGUACACAUCGGCGUACGCCGGUGUUUUAGUUGCCGUCAACGUGUUAGGUCAGUCAGUCUUUAGCUGAAAUCAGCCUACCGACCAGAUGCUUUCCCCGGGAAGGACUGUCUCCUCCCGGCUGUUGAGGCCCGUCUCGUGGCUUCCCCUCCGACUGGGCUCCGAGCGGACAGCUACCAGCACCCUACAGAAAGAGUUGAUUAAGAAGCGUGAACUGGAGAAAGAUGAGCUCCGCCCCCUCUACAUGGACUUCCAGGCUACCACACCUAUGGACCCCAGGGUGCUGGAUGCCAUGUUGCCAUACCAGGUGAAUUACUACGGUAACCCUCACUCCAGGACACACGCCUACGGCUGGGAGAGUGAGACUGCCAUGGAAACAGCCAGAAAGCAGGUGGCUGAUUUGAUUGGAGCAGAUCCGCGAGAAAUCAUCUUCACCAGUGGAGCCACUGAGUCCAACAACAUGGCUAUCAAGGGCGUUGCCCGGUUCUACCAGGCCAAGAAACGCCAUGUGAUCACCACACAGACUGAACAUAAGUGCGUAUUGGACUCGUGUCGAAUUCUGGAGGCUGAAGGCUUCAAGGUUACCUACCUGCCUGUCCAGAAGAACGGACUGCUGGAUCUGGAGCUGUUGGAGGCCUCCAUCUGUCCCGACACCUCUCUGGUGUCAGUGAUGACUGUCAACAACGAGAUUGGAGUAAAGCAGCCCAUUAAGGACAUUGGUCAGCUUUGCCGCAGUAAAGGAGUCUUCUUCCACACUGAUGCUGCCCAGGCUGUAGGAAAGAUUCCCAUCAAUGUCUCUGACUGGAAGGUGGAUCUGAUGUCCAUCAGUGGCCAUAAGAUCUACGGACCCAAAGGCGUGGGGGCUUUGUAUGUGCGUCGUAGACCUCGGGUGCGUUUGGAGCCACUACAGAAUGGUGGCGGGCAGGAGAGGGGUCUUCGCUCUGGCACUGUCCCCACCCCGCUGGCUGUUGGGCUGGGAGCUGCCUGCAAGAUCGCCCACAAGGAGAUGGAGUAUGAUCAUCAAAGAGUGUCCAUGCUAGCUAAUCGUCUGGUCCAGAAGAUCAUGUGUGAGAUUCCUGAUGUCAUCAUGAAUGGAGAUCCAGAACAACGCUACCCUGGCUGCAUAAAUCUUUCCUUUGCUUAUGUGGAAGGAGAGAGUCUGCUGAUGGCUCUGAAGGAUGUUGCUCUAUCAUCUGGAAGUGCUUGUACAUCAGCAUCUCUGGAACCGUCGUAUGUCCUCAGAGCAAUAGGAGCAGAUGAAGACCUGGCUCAUUCUUCCAUCAGGUUUGGCAUUGGCAGGUUCACCACAGAAGAAGAAGUCGACUACACAGCAGAAAAAUGCAUCCAUCAGGUCUGCAGACUCAGAGAGAUGAGCCCUCUGUGGGAGAUGGUUCAGGAAGGCAUCGACCUGAAGAGCAUCAAGUGGACUCAGCACUAGACUCCUCCCAGCUCCUGUCUAUGUCCUAGUGAAAAAGAUUAUGGUUCCCCAAAAAGUUCAGGGACCAGUAUAGCUUUUUCUUCCUCUAUACAAACACGCACAAACUCCCUGUCCGACUUGAAGUCUGUUUGUCUCUGUAGAAGCUUCUCCAGUUGCUCUGUAAGGAGAACACAGCAAUCCCUGCUUGUAUUCAUCCGCCACUGAAAUGUUGUCAGAGGCAAAUUUAGGCAGUCUUGAAUAUAAAUUGACAACCAUAAGAAAAACAAUAACAAAAUGUUGGUUGGGGUACUUGCUGAAAGAUCACCAUCAGCCAGUUUUACAUUUUGUCAGCCAAAGACUGCCUGCAGAAAAAUAUGAACAGAAAUUCUGGUUCUCACUUUUGCAAGAAACCACAUAUUCAAGAUAAAACAUGAAAUGACUGUGAACGCAACCUACAAAAUAUGUUAAACGUGCCAUUUUUUAAAAUAAAGUUUAAGGCAGGAAAUCUUUCAUAUGAUUAACAUUAUUUGGAGCAAUAAGAAAAAAAAAAGUUACUCUGACAAGGAAAUCUUUGCUCAACUGGUGGCAUCCCUAUUCUCAUGUGCUUAUUUUCUAUAAACACCAUGGCGCUACAAAUCAUUAUAUAUCCACUGCACAAUCAGACAUACUAAAGGUUUUUAUAGUCUCACUUGCACAGUUUGACAUUAAAUAAAUGCAUACAGUCACUGCAGCAUGGCUUUAAGUCUGCCUCUGUUUAGGUACCCUGACCUUGCUGAGUUCAAUAUACUGAUAGCUGGUGUGGUGGAGCUGGUUGGUGGUUUGAGUCUCGAUUCAUUUACAAAAACACUCGGUUCUGAGUGUUUUAUAUAUAUAUAUAUAUAUAUGAGAGUUGGUAUGAGAAGAAACAGAAACCUGAAGGGAAGUGAUACCACUGAGGCUACAAAAAAUGUGACUCUUAAGGAAGAAAUGUUACAUGUUCAUACUGUCAGAUCACACUUCUGUUGAUUACAAUCAUGUAUGUUAGAAUGGUGUAUUUUUUAAAACAAAACAAACAAAAAAAUAAAACAGUUUGUCAUAAGUUA